CUCCCCAGCGCCAGCCUUCUUCUCCAUCCAUCAGCUUCGCCUUCUUCUCUCCACUCCUCCUCGAAAAAGAAACAUCAUGGCCGCUCGCACUGCCCUCAUCACCGGUAGCACGGACCCCAAAGCCAUCGGCUUCACAGCCGCCUUCUUGCUUGCUUCGCAAAAGGGCUUCAAUGUCAUUCUCGCUGGCCGUCGCGCCGACGCAGCCAAGGCAGCCGCCGACGAACUGACAAAGAAGCUCGCCGACGCGGCUUCCAAGUCCAAGGUCUUCCCUCUCACCCUCGACGUGACGAGCGAGCAGUCGAUCCAGGCCGCCGUGGCACACCUCUCGUCGGCCGAGGGACCUCUGGCAGCGUCCCAGGGCGCCCUCGACGUGCUCAUCAACAAUGCUGGCGUCGGCGCACCCCCGGGCCGGGGCGGCAAGGGCACCAACAACAUGUUCCUCCAGACGGAGCUCACCACGGCCGAGGACAUGGUCACUGUCCUGACGACCAAUGUCGCCGCCGUCGUCCAAGUCACGAACGCCUUUAUUCCCCUGCUGGCCAAGUCGUCGUCGCCACGCAUCGUCAACAUCUCAUCUGCCCGCGGCUCGCUCACGUUUGGCUCGGGCCUCGAGCCCGCUCGCACAGGUGCCAUGGUGUACAACACGUCCAAGACGGCCCUCAACAUGGUGACGCUCAUGCAGGCAAAGAACCUGCCCCAGCAUGUCAGCCCCUCGCUCAAGGUCAAUGCCGCCUCGCCCGGCCAUGUCAAGACGCCCUUCAACAACUUCACCGGCAUCCGCACCUUGGAAGAGGGCGCUGGCGUCUACGUCCACCUGGCCACGCUGCCCGACGAUGGUCCCACCGGUCAGCUCGUGGGAAACCAUGCGCCCUUCUCGACAGAUGGUUCAUUUGUUCAGAUUCCCUGGUAGAGCCAGCCAUAGCCAUAGAGAAAUACCAUUCUCAUUUGCCGCCAC